UCUCUUCCAAUUAAAGCACCUUACUCUUCUCUCUCUCUCUUAGAAUCUUCACUCCAAAUUUCACUACAAUAUUUUGGUUGAUCCAUUUGGCAUUUAUAUACUAUAGUCUAUUACCAACACACUUGGCCUAAUCCAAGUGGUUCUAUAUUCUAAUUCCUUGUUCCCUAUUCUAUGUGCUUGUAUUCUUCUUAAUGAAUCAUCAUAUGUUUUUGGUAACCCAUCUGAAAUUUCCAACACUAAGUUCCCACUUCUUCACAUACCCUUUUUCAAAUCAUUGAUGUAUAUUCACUUUGUAAAAUGUCCAAUACUAUAUAUACAAUCAAAUUGGCAUCUUUUUUAGUCCUAUAGUUUUUGUGCAAAAGCUCAAAUUAUUAAUAAUACUUAUUAUUAUUAAUAUUAUAUAUAAUUCUCCAAAAAUGGAACAAGUUAGUAUUGUUGGUGAGUUAAUGCAAGGAAAGGAGUUAGCAAAGAAGCUCUUUGACCAUUUGAAUUCACCAUCACCAUCAUUAUCAUCAUCAUCAUCACAUGAAUCUAAUGAAGCUUUGAUAGAGAAGAUACUUUCAACCUAUGAGAAAGUACUCACCAUGCUCAGUAACACCAACUUCAUGAAGGAUUCUUCUCAUUGUUCAUCUUCUUCUCUUGCAAAUGGCAGCACAAAAAGUGAGGUCUUGGACAAAGAGGAUGUUGCAAAGCACAAACAAGUGUCCAAGAAAAGAAAGACUAUGUCAAUGUGGACAAAGCAAGUGAGGGUGUGUUUGGGAACAGAACUUGAUGGUUCUAUGGAAGAUGGCUAUAGCUGGAGAAAAUAUGGACAGAAGGACAUUCUUGGAGCCAAGUUUCCAAGAGGAUAUUUCAGAUGUACACAUAGACAUGUACAAGGUUGUUUGGCCACAAAACAAGUGCAAAAAUCAGAUGAAGAUCCAAAUGUGUUGGAAAUAACCUACAAAGGAAGACACACUUGCAUUCAAGUUAGUCAUCACUCAAAAAACCCAACAAUUUCAAAACCAAACAUGGCCUUAUUAUUAGAAGAACAACCCAAGAAUCAUCAACCAACACAAAAAGAGAUGAAAACAGAACAACCCACCCAUGAAACAAUUCUCACAUUUGGAACAUCACAAGAACUUGAAGUCAAACUUGAUGACUUUGACUUUGACUUUGACCCUGACACAAAGGAGAACAUUUUCUCUUCACUUUGUUUCACUUCCCCAUCAAUAGUUUCUGAAAAUGAUGAAGACAACAACAAAAUGUUCUCUUACAUUGAAAGCUUUUCUCCUGAAUUCAUAUCACCAACAACAAAUUCAGAAUCAAACAACAUUUUCCACUUUAAUGAUGGACUAGGCCUAUGUGUUCAAACCUCAGAUUCUGAUUUUAGUGAUAAUGUUUCAGCACCAACUUCAUCAGUCUCUAAUUCAUCAAUAGAAGGCUUGGAUUUUCACUCCUUUGAUGAAAAGGUGGAUUUUGAUAAUUAUUACUCCAUAAACUCCUAGGAUUUUUCUCUUCAUAUGAAGAUUUUCCCACCACUUUUAAGUUAAAUAGCAUAAUUUUGAUACCAACAAGGACAUAUUUUUAUAUAUGCUAAGAUUAAGUGGUGAGUUUUGUAGGAUCCUAAUUAGCACAAUUAUGUGUCAUGUGAAUAGACAAUAAAAUUUCACUUUGAUGCUAGUUAAGAGAGUUUAGUUUUCAUGUACCUAGGACGAUGUAAUGUGAAAAUAAUGUAAUAUAUCCAUGCAUGUGUCUGCUUCUGGCUCAAUAAGGCUAGUAGCAAGAUUUUGUCCAAUAUUCUCUUUAUAUAUAUAUAAUAAAUGUCUUUUUACAAUAAA